AUAUGUGGAUACAGGAGUUGUAAAAAGACGCCUGUCACUCGGUGUGGGAGGGGGAGCUGCCGAGAAGCUGCAGGUGAAAGUAUAAAUAGAGGAAGAACGUCAUGCGCAGCUCAGUGUUGUGACGGGCGUUGUGUGUGUCGACUGGUGACUGAAAGUCUGAAGCAACACAAUGUAUCUUCCUGCAUUUUUAUUCCUGCUGGGGCUGACGGCAAGCUCGUGUACUCCUUCACCUCCUUCCAAUACUACUACUGUUGCUGCUGAUGCUGCUGAUGAUGCUGAUGUUACCACUUCAGAGAUGACCGCCCCUGACUGGCAACAAGAGAGCUGCCGGUACUACUGCAUCUACAAGCGUCCUUACUGCUGCGACGACGGCUCCCUUCCUGUUCCCAGGGACCACGAGCUGCACUCAACCCUGGACUGCCCCCCUGAGGAUGACCAGAUCUGUAAAUCCACUGGCAUCUUCCUGAAUGGCACGGCCCCGGCAGUGGUGCUGGCGAAGGGGAACCCUAAGAAACAAGUAUGGUGUGCCUCUGACGGGUACUGCCAGGAGGAUCAGAGGUGCUGCCCGAGCCCCUGCGUCAGGAGGCAUUUGUGCAUGGCCGGCCUGGCGAGAGAGCUACCGCAGGAGAUACUGCUGCCGGAGCUGGAUGUGGAGGAGGAAGAGGAGCUGUAUCUGCCCGAAGAAUAAGUUCCAUACACAACUAUUAGAGGUUUAGAACACAUUCAGAGAGUGCUAAGGAAGAUUUUUCUUGUACUUAGUUAAUAGAACAAAUAUUUGAUUAAUAUUUAAGAUGUAUUUCCUAGAAAAAUAAACGCACACUGUAUCAUCAAA